GGUAAUCGUCCGAGCAGCAGACGGUUCAAACGCCAGAUAGCGGUCCUAAUUGCGUCACGCCCCCUCCGUUUUUUUCCCCCCUUUUCGCAUAAACGGAACGGAGCAGUCGGUCCCGCUUUCACCGCAACAGUUGAUCGGAGCGCAGCGGCAGGACGCAGCGUCGGACACGUUGAGCACCGGAGCAGCGGCACCGAGAGGCGGAGGAGAAGCAGCAGAGCCCGCAGCCUCUUCGCAGGAUAAUAUUCCCCCUAUUUAUCCUCUUUUUGUGUGUGUGCGCGUCGCUGUCGCCGGGAUAACUCGUGUCGGGAAUCCGCCGCUCCAGAGUGGCGGCGCGGCGCGGACACGUUAUAUAAGGAGAAUAACGGGCGGAUGAGCCCGUGUGGCGGCGGAGCGGCGCUGAUCACCGAGCCGAGCCGAACCUCCAGCUCUUAACUCGUUCAUGUGUGUGCGCCCGGUCACGUUACCGACGUCCAGGCCAACCGUGCCGCCGAUGCCGUGCGGCUCCGCUUUAGCUUAGGCGGCUAACCGGGACGCGCAGCUGCCGCGGAUGAGCGCAGCGGAAUGAUGAGCAGAAGGAACCUCCAGCGGCGCUAAUGGAUCACGGUAACGGCCAGAACCCGCUCAGGAUUCGAUUUGAGUGAGCCUCCAAGUCCAGCCCCGGUGUCGGUUCGUCCCCCCACCCGCAGAGCCGCCGGGCCCCAUUGAUAAAGUGUCCGGGACGCGGAGAAUGGGCCCGAGUCUUAAUUUGGACAACAAAGAAUUAGGCUACUGAGCUGUUAGAUAAGCGCUUUGAGCUAAGAAGCUCCACCGAUCACCGUCUGGACCCUGCAGCUCCCCGGACUCCAUCUCUGCCGCUUUUUGUCGUGUGUGCGCCGCCGCUAUGGGUAGUCCCGCCGGGCCGGUGGCCGUGGAGCCCAUGCCGGGCUACUUGGAGCUGAUCAGCAGAGCCUCCGCCGUCAUGCUGGGCGCCUGGACGGACUGUGACGGCUGCGGGCUGCAGCUCUCCAGACGGACUCUCCUGGAGAACGCGUACAUUACCUGGACCGAGAUCGGCCUGUUUUUCUUUUGCGCCUUUUUGUGGACGCAGGUCAGGAAAGGACUGACACAAAGUCUGUUUAAGCCUCUUGCACAGUGGUGCCGGCUGCUGCCCAAAGAUGCUGCCAAGAUGCCGGAGAGCGCGUGGAAGCUGGUCUUCUACACCAUGUCGUGGUCCUACACCACCUACCUGCUCUUCUUCACCUCCUACUCCUUCUUCCACGACCCGCCCUCCGUCUUCUACAACUGGAAGAGUGGUAUGUCAGUGCCUGCAGACAUCGCCAUCGCCUACCUGAUCCAGGGCAGCUUCUAUGGCCACUCCAUCUACGCCACCGUCUACAUGGACGCCUGGAGGAAGGACUCUGCAGUGAUGGUGGUUCAUCACAUCAUCACGCUGGCGCUCAUCAGCUUCUCCUACGCCUUCAGAUACCACAACGUAGGGAUCCUGGUGCUGUUUCUCCACGACAUCAACGACAUCCAGCUGGAGUUCACGAAGCUCAACGUCUACCUGAAGUCCAGAGGAGGAGGCUAUUACCUGCUGAACGACAUCCUGUCCAACACCGGCUCCGUCAGCUUCAGCAUCACCUGGUUCUGGUUCCGUCUCUACUGGUUCCCCCUCAAAGUCCUGUAUGCCACCUGUGUGUCCAGCCUCCAGUCCGUCCCCAACAUCCCCUUCUACUUCUUCUUCAACGCUCUGCUCUUCGCUCUGCUGCUCAUGAACAUCUACUGGUUCUUGUUUAUCGUGGUUUUCGUGGUGAAGGUGCUGAAGAUGAAGGAGGUGAAUGACGUCCGGGAGUACGAGGACGAGGACAGCAGCAGGGCGUCGGGCGACAGGAAACCUCUGGCAGCGAACGAGGACGAUGCUGGACAUCACAACUCUGCCCAGGGGAAGCACGUGCAGAACGGCGUCGCCAAGGAGAAGCAUCUAUAACCGGCUCUCCGGCGCCACCGCCUGGCUCCAGGAAGCGACGACGAGACGCCAGAAAAAACCCUCAGCCGGAGGGGACGAGCGUCAAAACAGAAACAGAAAUGAAGGUGGAAGAAAAAAGAAAAAACAAAACAAAAAAAAACCAACUUAGGGUGCGAUGAGUUUUUAUUCUUUGGGUUUUAGAACAUUUUCAUUUCAUCGCUGUCGGUUUUGUUUUCUCCUUAGAGCACUGUGAAUGUUCUCUCAGCUGUCUUACCGUCGUUUAACUUCACCUUUGAUAGAUUCAGUAGAAAAACAAACCGGUCGGGCUGCGUGCAGAAGAAGCGUCAGGAAGGAAAGCACUUCAGUAGAUCUGUAGGUUCCUGAUCGACAAGCAACAUGCUCCAAAAGUCCGUCCGCAAGUCCGUCCAUCCGUCUGGAGGGGAGGCCUUCCUGGCUGCUUCACCUUAUGUACGGAUUCCACUGCAGUGGUGGCGUCUGCACAGCUGCAUCCAUUAGUUUGAAUAGAAAGGCAGGUGUGUGUGAGUGUGUGUGUGGAGAAAACAUGGAUGUAGCCGAGACUUUUAAAAGAUUCAAAAAACAAACAAAAAAAAGUUAGUUUCACGACAUUUCAACUCUCAGUUUGUCUCUUUGUACCGAUGAUCAAAAAGGCAUUGGGAAUCUCCUCUUUGACAUUCCUGUAUGGAAUUAUUUUAGGUUUUUGUUGUUUUUUUGUGUUGCAAAGCGUCUGUCGCUGCACAUGAAGGCGUACGAGCUGAUUGCUGGUUUAAUGACAGCAAAUAGCUUUGAAUUGAUUGACCGGGUUUUGUUGUUUUAUUUUUUUAAACGCUCCACGAGUUGAUUCUCCUCGGUGGUGAAAUAGCCCCAGAGUGUAAAGACUUAAAAAACAGAAUAAAAAAUCUGUAUGAUUAAUAGAAAAAAAAACAUUAUGUAUGCACACAUUAUGGUAUUCAGGAAUGCAUGAUGUCGGAAUGAUUCAGGAAAUUAUGCUAUGAAAUCCUCUAGCUAUGUAAUCAUCUUUAUUAAAACUCAUGCUGAACGUUUUCCGAGCAGCGGCAAACGCGAGGGAAUUGGCACGGGACUCGUUCGAAGUCGGGUUUUGAGGGAAGCUGCACUGUCUGUCCAAAAAAAAGAAAAAAAAGUCACACACGAAAGUUUCAUUGGACCAACUUUUAGCUCUGAGGACGACACUCAUUCAGUAAGCUUCUGCAAAGUCACAGCAGAGUUGGAUUCAUUUCCUACCGAGAUCUUCUAUUGACGAAAGAUCCUCAGUGGUUCUGAGGUCUGGACUCUGUGGAGGACAGUCCAUCUCCUGCUCCCUGAUCCACUCAUUCUUAAUGUGAGCUCCAUGAAUCCUGGCAUCGUCAUCUUGGAACAUGAAGAAAACCUCCACUGAUGGAAAGACCUGGUCCUUCAGUAUGUUCAGGUAUCAGCUGACCUCAUUCUUUGGGAACAAAACGUUGGUGAACCUGACCAACCCCAGAUCAGAACCCUAACCCCCAGUAGUCAUGAUGAGGGCAUCACUUCAUCUGCCUCUCUUCUUACCCUGAUGCCCCCAUCACUCUGGAACAAUCUGGACUCAUCAGACCACAUGACCUUCUUCCAUUGUUCCAGGGUCUUUAUGCUACCUAAGAAACUGAAGCCUUUUCUUCUGAUCAUCCUCACUGAUCAGUGGUUUUCUUAGAGCUACAGCUGUUUAGUCCCAAUCCAUGUGGAAAUGUUCUUACUUUCACUAUUAAACAGCUGUGAGUUCUACUGUUGGUUUCCAACCGUCAUCUAAGAGUUUGUUCCUGAAGAUGAUGGUUCUCCACUAUCUUUCAGGUUCUAAUGAUGCGUUGGACGGUUCUUUACCAGAUUCUAGUCGUUUCAACUCCUUAGCUGUUUUCUUUGCUUGAUGCAGGCCAAUAAUUUGACCCUUUUGAGAUGAUUAACAUCCUUUAUGACCACAGGACAUGUCUUCCAACAUUUAAGAAAUGAGAAGCUCCUCACUGCAUCCUCUAGGGUUAAAGAAGUAAUUAUCCAAUGGAAGCUCUUACCUUACUUUUUUCUUUUUUUUUGGAUGGGCAGUGUAUUUGUGUGAUCUGAACAUUAAAUUGCACUUUGAAGGGAGUUCUUUCACUCGUUUCCUGCUGGUUUUCUUCGUGUUCGUGAAAACAGCUGCUGCUCCCAUUUCAAAAUAAGGGAUAUUCUUCUUGUUUUCCACCUCUUCGAUCAAAUUCAAGCUCGUUUGUUUGGAUGAACAGCAGGCUUGUGCCGCUGGAGCAGGCUGCAGAUGUUGUCUGUCCGUAGGAGUUUUUUCAUUUUUGUCUUCCACAGUCCCAACGCUAAGGGAGGGAAGGAGCUAAAACUAUUAAAUUUACUAUUAUUGUCGUAGUUCAGGUUUUAUUUUUUGGAAUUGCUGCUGUUAUUUUUUUUCCUGUGAGAGCACUGUUUGUAUUCCAGAUGUGUUGUCGUUUCUCUGCUGUGUGUGAGUCAGUGACAGUCUGCGGAUGUUUCCAGGGACCAGGGAGAGUCUCUUUUACGCAACAUCUGGAUUCUCUUCCUCCAAAUCUGAAUGCUGGCUCGCGCUCAGUUUACUGUAGUCGUUGCACAUCUGUACUGUAAGCAGCGGGACGAAGCGUCGCUGUCCUUCCUGUUCGACUGUGAGACGACCUUACUCAGAGUUUGCUGAUGUUUUUAUUUUGUUAAACGGCGACAGAAGUAAAUAAAAAUCUGAAUGGAGGGUUGAAGUUUGCCGUUAAAAACCCACAAAGAUCUGAAUCCGGAUUCGAUGCAACUCGUCUCUAAAGUCCGACACGGUACUGAAAGGUCCAGAUGUGUUGAACCAGAUGUGGAGGAGUGGCCACAUCUGGGGGUGAGCAACAUGAGGAGGUAGAGAUUCUGUCAUUUGGAUUUUUGUUUCUCAUCAAUUAGAAAGAAAUCACGUCCAAUUUCUCCAAGUUUAAACUAAACUUUACUCUCCUGUGCACCAUUGGAGCUAAGUAAGAUGACCUUUAAGGUUCCAGGAGAUAAGACAAACACACUUCAUUGACUUUUAGUGAAACUGAAAUACAGAUUUGGGGGUAAUUAUUGGACCACCUGCUGUUUUCUCUCACAAAACAGACCUUCUGCAUUGAUAUUUUUGCUAGAAUUUUACCAUAGUGGUUAAACAAUUGCAGCAUUUUCUAAAAGACAAGAAAAAAAUCUGAUAAUUCAAAAUAUGCAAUAAAUUGUUUAAAAAUAUGAUUAAUUAAACUUAGAUGUAAAAAUUCACAUUCGUUGGCUGAAACCAUUUCUUAAGUCACUAUUUUGUGUAUAAAUGAAAAAUUGGUCGAUAAUCUAAAUAAAUUAUCAGAAUUAUGAGGUCGGCCACCUUUAACGAAGAGAAAUGCAACUUUAAAUAGGAAACUUGCUGUUUUUUCACCAAUAACCACCAAGAAAAAGGCAGAAAAGUGAGCUCACAGUGAUCUGAUCAUUAUUUCCAAAGCUGCAGACUCUCAUUCAUGUUGCUCACCUCUGAUUACGACCUAGAACUGACAAACAUUACCUGAGAUGAAACGAAAAACGUAUUUAGAACGUCUUGUUUCUGUCCAGAGUGGGCCGAUUCUUACAGUCGAGGUCGCCUCCGUGUUUCAGUACGUUAAAUAAGUUAGUGACCGACGUCGGUCAGAGCAGGACCACUUUAGUGCAAAUUUAAAUCCAGCUGUGGAGGAUUUAGCUGUAAAUGUUUGGUGUCUGUUUGCAAACUGAGCAGUGAAGCGGCCUGACUGACAGGGCUGUACAGGUUUAGUGUUAACGGCUCGAUCCACGGAAAAAUCUACCAAAUCUGAGAAAAAUAUCCCACCAGACCUCCUCACAAUCAGCUGAUUUAUCGUCUGCAGUGAUUUGAAAUGAAGUCAGGCAAAGUUUUCCCUUCUUACUGUGAAUUAUUUUAGAACUACAGGUCCUUGAAGCACACAUAAGGGGGUUGAAAUUUCAUCUUUUUAGUUUUAUUUUCCAUCAUUUCUGAACCUCAAAGAUUUAUCAGACACGUUUGAGUUCUGUUAAAAACUGCAACUAGAUCAGUUUUAAAUCCACUUCCAGGUGUCACAAUCUGGAGACAAUCUGAUUUUAAAGCAUCUUUGAGCAUCAAUAUUAUGGGAUGUAUCAUGGUUUCAUGUCACAAAGAGACUAAACUGUCCCAAAGACAUGUAAAACAACCCUAACCCAGGACAAAUGAGACAUAAAACACCAAAAUCAGACACAAUACGAGAAACAAUUGACAAAAAAUGUCCUUAAACAAGAAAAACAAGGCACAAAACAAGACAAAUGAGACACUGAAUACAAAAAACAGACACAAAACAAGAAAAAUUAGACAAAAAAUGUCCUGAAAUAAGUAAAAUGAGGCAUAAAACAGGAAAUGAGAGAUGCAAAAUGACAAAAACGACCAACAAAUGACCACAACGAGAAAAAACUGUGCCAAAGACACAAAAAAACAACACAAAAAUGAUUAAAGAAAUGACAGAACAGGGACAAAGAUGAGCACAAAAAACAACAAAACCAGACAGAAACAGAAACCCAAAUCUCAUUUUUGUCUUUUUUUUUUAUCUACAUGUGAUACCAGAAUCAUCUUCUAGACACGAUUCAUUUACUCUUAUGAGCUGGUCUGACAGUUGAAAAAUAUUAAAUAGGAUUCCAAGAACGUGAUUUAACACAAAAUGCUGGAAGAAAAUGAUUAAAAUGUAAAUUUCAACCCACCUCUAUGUACUUUAAGGGCCUGUAACUUUGAAAAAAUUCAUAGUAUUAAGGUAAAACCUUAUUAAAUAUACUAAAGUUAUUGUAGAGAGAAAAUCAGCUGAUUGUGAGGAGGUCCUCUGGGAGGAACUGAUUGAUUUCCAUGGAAUCGACAUCUCGACUCUGGCUGAAACACUCCCCAUUUGUGUAAAUUAAAACUAAUCUAAGGGUGGUGAUGAAGUGAGCCGUUGUUGGCGGGUUUAUGAGUCCAGCAGCAACGUUAUUUAUGUGGAAAUAAUCACAGUUGUUAUUAUAAUAUAUUUAAUUUUGGCUCCCGGAGUGACUGUAAAUUAAAAAAUAAUGAAAAUGAAGGAAAAUUCCCAAACUGAGUGGCAGUGAAGUGUCGUUUUGGUCGAGCUGAAGGUUUUUCAACUCGACCAAAUCGUCACUGGAAGCUUCGAUUGUGCCAAAAAUGUCCACCAAACGACGAGGCGAGUGUUUGUGAGAGCUGGAAAAGAGCGAAGAGUCGAGUGUGACGGGCAGAAAAAGCCCCGCAGGUAUUUCUGAUACAUUGCACUGUAAUUUAUUAGUAUUAUUUUUAUUAUUCAGUAGUAGCUCAGAAUUUUAAAGAAAAAAGGGAGAAUUUUGGGGGAAUUUUUAUGACUGAAGGAUCAUGAAGGAAAUAAUAAAUCUGUUAAUUUAAAGUGUAUUUUGCUGAUAUUUUGGACCAUUGGUACACACUGUAACAAAUUAGCCCACAUAUGUGUUUUUGAAUUUGACCACUUUCUAAACCAACAUGACUACUUGAUGAAGACACGGAACUUUUUGCUCUUUUUGUAAUACAAUUUUAAUACCAUUCAGCCAAUGUUAUCGUUUCAUUUUUUUCUCAUAAAAUAAAACAUGUCAGUAAACAAA